UGAGCGCUAUACAUCAGGGGGUGCACCAUUGAUUGUGUAGCGAACUUCAGAAAUUAAAAUGGUGUAAAGAUCGUUGUAAAAUGGCGUCUGUGCCACUUAAGCAGCUGCAAGUUGGUAGCAAGUUGAAUACGCCAGUGUACGGCGUUGUCACAGCUUUUCAGUGUCCGAAGAUUGACUGCAAUGGCAAUUAUUAUUCAACCAUCACAAUUAAAGAUCCAAGCCUCGAAAAAGAAGACGGUAUCUGCUGCUUCUUCUUCCAAAAAUCAGAGGAGAAUCUACCUAAAAUCAAAACUGUCGGUGAUGUUGUAAGGCUAAAAGGCCUGUAUGUUACCAUGUUCAAGCGUUGCCGACAACUAAAAGCCAGACCUAAUUGCUCUUGGGUUGUUGCUCAUCCAGAUGGAGCCAUUGAUUUAUUUUCUUAUAAGGCUGACAAAUCAGAUAUGGAAAAGCUCAAGCAGCUUAGUGACUGGGGAGAUAAGUUAGAACAGGUAAAGGCUGCAAGGAGAAUAACACUGCUUUCAGAUAUUGAACCAGACAACAAAUAUGUCAACGUGUUAGUCGAAUUGUUCUCGGCUGAUCAUAAUAAAGUAGACAAGAACUCAUACGUUCUUCGCGUUUGGGAUGGAACAGUCCCAAAGUGCAAUUCAUUUUUCUAUGGUUUACAAGAGGGUUUUAAUCCGGAAAAGACACAGACAAGAGAUAUACCAAAGUAUAUUGAAAAGAGAUUGAUGUACAUUAUUUUAUACGGAGGUCAUAUCCAGAAAGGAUUGGAAGCAAACCCAGGAAACGUCCUUAGAAUUACAAAUCUGAACCAGCGGCCGCUACCUCAAGAUACCUUGGACGAUCUUUUGUCGAAUGAAUCCAUCCCGAAAAAGUUGCAGCAUUCAACAAAACCCUGGGUUUGCUGUGCCCUAAGUGAAAAAAAUUCGUAUGGUAGAGGUUUAGAAAUCAUCGAUGAAAAUGGACUUGAAGCUUUAAAAUUGAAGGAGAAGCUUGCCGUAGUAAGUGAGACUGCAGAGGACAGUGACGAAAGCUCUAUCGAGAGCGGUGACGGAAACGUUGAUGUCCAAGACGAGAAUGAACAAUUAGCAAUGCAACAGUUCAGAGAUGAAUGGAGAAUUCAUAGAGAAAGCAGUGCUUCUAGCUUUGUUAGUCCUUGGCAUCUAGAUGAAGCCGAAGAACCUCAGGCUGCAAGAAUAUUGCCUCGUGCAGACAAUUUUGAACCUGUCUUAGAUAUUCAGUCGGCAGAUGCUAAUCGACCAGUUACAGAAAUACAAAGUACACAGCGAUCAAGAACAAAUGCAGAGCAACACUCUCAACCUUCUUCAUCGAGAAGAAGCCUUUUAGAUGACAUGGAAUUAGCACGCGAAUGGACAAGGUUAUCAGACAUCAAGCCAGACGGAAAAUGUAUCAACAUUUUGGUGCAAGUUGUGUCUGUUCACCUGUCUGUUUUUGACAGCAGCUGCUUGAUUCUUCGUGUUUGGGAUGGAACCCAGCCAAACUGUCAGUCGUUUUCCUAUGGACGAACCAAAGACUUUAAACAUGUGAACGAUGUUCCGAGGCAUGUCAAGAAAAGGUCGAUAUCAGUAAGUUUGCACGGGAACCAUGUUGCGAAUGGUUUGGAAGCAGUGCCAGGUGAUUUCGUGAAAAUACGACAGAUGAGACAAUGUGGAAUAUCUAAUGAGGAUCUAGAGGUGUCAUUGGCUAGGGGCUUCGUUCCUGAAAAGCGUAAAAGGUCGUCUUGGGUCUUCUGUGUUCUGGAGGAAGGAAGCUCCCAUGGCCAGGGCCUGGAAAUAGUCGACAAAAAAGAACAGGAUGCUUUGAAGUUAAAAAGACAACUUGCAGACGUGUUUGACGUAGGGGAAGACAGCGACGAAGAGAGAGAUAGAGGCAUUUUGGAAGAAGUUGAGGAAGGAAGAGUGGACAGAAAUAGGAAAAAACUUGAUGAAGGAACUGAAGACGAUACAGGGGACGAUACAAUAAGUGAGAGUUUGCUGAGCCCUGUGCUUCUAAAUACACUGGAUUGGGAUAUCAGUUUUAAUGAAUCGUUUGAAAAUCAAAUGGUCAUCAACGAACCUCAGGCUGCAAAAAUUUUGCCUCGUGCAGACAAUUUUGAACCUGUCUUAGAUAUUCAGUCGGCAGAUGCUAAUCGACCAGUUACAGAAAUACAAAGUACACAGCGAUCAAGAACAAAUGCAGAGCAACACUCUCAACCUUCUUCAUCGAGAAGAAGCCUUUUAGAUGACAUGCAAUUAGCACGCGAAUGGACAAGGUUAUCAGACAUCAAGCCAGACGGAAAAUGUAUCAACAUUUUGGUGCAAGUUGUGUCUGUUCACCUGUCUGUUAGUGACAGCAGCUGCUUGAUUCUUCGUGUUUGGGAUGGAACCCAGCCAAACUGUCAGUCGUUUUCCUAUGGACGAACCAAAGACUUUAAACAUGUGAACGAUGUUCCGAGGCAUGUCGAGAAAAGGUCGAUAUCAGUAAGUUUGCACGGGAACCAUGUUGCGAAUGGUUUGGAAGCAGUGCCAGGUGAUUUCGUGAAAAUACGACAUAUGAGACAAUGUGGAAUAUCUAAUGAGGAUCUAGAGGUGUCAUUGGCUCGGGGCUUCGUUCCUGAAAAGCGUAAAAGGUCGCCUUGGGUAUUCUGUGUCCUGGAUGAAGGAAGCUCCCAUGGCCGGGGCCUGGAAAUAAUCGACAAAGGAGAACGGGAUGCUUUGAAGUUAAAAACACAACUUGCAGACGUGUGUGACAUAGGGGAAGAGAGCGACGAAGAGAGAGACAGAGACAGUUCGGAAGAGAUUGAGGAAGGAAGAGUUGACGGAAAUAGAGAAGAACUCAAUGAAGGAACUGAAGACGAUACAGGGGACGAUGCAAUAAGUGAGAGUUUGCUGAGUCCUGUGCUUCUAAAUACACAGGAUUGGGAUAUCAGUUUUAAUGAAUCGUUUGAAAAUCAAAUGGUCAUCAACGAACCUCAGGCUGCAAGAAUAUUGCCUCCUGCAGACAAUUUUGAACCUGUCUUAGAUAUUCAGUCGGCAGAUGCUAAUCGACCAGUUACAGAAAUCCAAAAUACACAGUCGCUAAAUAGAACUGAAGAGCAAGCAAAUGUGGACGGCAAGUACUUGGGAUCGCCAGUGCGUGAGUAUUCUCUACAAUCCACAGUCAUGCCACAGAAGGAGAAUCACACACCUAGAAGGAAACAGAGACAACUGGAAAAUGAAGAGAGACACAGAUCGUCAGUGGGUAAAUAUUCACUACGAUCCAGAGCCACGCCACGGAAGGAGAAUCACACACCUGCAAGGAAACAGAGACAAUUGGAAGAUGAGGAGAGACACAGAUCGCCUGUGGGUAAAUAUUCACUACAAGCCACAGCCACGCCACGGAAGGAGAAUUACACACCUAGAAGGAAACAAAGACAAUUGGAAGAUGAGGAGAGACACAGCAUGUCAGUGGGUAAAUAUUCACUACGAUCCACAUUCACGCCACGGAAGGAGAAUCACACACCUGCAAGGAAACAGAGACAAUUGGAAGAUGAGGAGAGACACAGAUCGCCUUUGGGUAAAUAUUCACUACAAGCCACAGCCACGCCACGGAAGGAGAAUAACACACCUAGAAGGAAAAAAAGACAAUUGGAAGAUGAGGAGAGACACAGAUCGCCUGUGGGUAAAUAUUCACUACGAUCCACAUUCACGCCACGGAAGGAGAAUCACACACCUGCAAGGAAGCAGAGACAAUUGGAAAAUGAGGAGAGACACAGAUCGCCUUUGGGUAAAUAUUCACUACAAGCCACAGCCACGCCACGGAAGGAGAAUUACACACCUAGAAGGAAAAAAAGACAAUUGGAAGAUGAGGAGAGACACAGCAUGUCAGUGGGUAAAUAUUCACUACGAUCCACAUUCACGCCACGGAAGGAGAAUUACACACCUAGAAGGAAAAAAAGACAAUUGGAAAAUGAGGAGAGACACAAAUCGCCAGUGGGUAAUUCUUCACUACAAGCCACAGCCACGCCACGGAAGGAGAAUUACACACCUAGAAGGAAAAAGAAACAAUUGGAAAAUGAGGAGAGACACAAAUCGCCAGUGGGUAAUUCUUCACUACAAGCCACAGCCACGCCACGGAAGAAAAAUGGCAGACCUAGAAAGAAACAGAGACAAUUGGAAAAUGAGGAGAGUCACAGAUCGCCACUGCGCAAAUAUUCACUACAAGCCACAGCCACGCCACGGAAGAAAAAUGGCACACCUAGAAAGAAACAGAGACAGUCGGAAAAUGGGGAGAUAUACAAUUACCAGAUCAGAAGCAAAACUAACUCCCGCCGGUAUUACUUACGGCGGAGAAAAGAAGAACUUGCUCGGUGAUACAAAAGAUGUCUAUUGUAUAUAAAGUAAAAGCAUGGAAAUGUACUCUAGGGUACCGAAUAAGCAGGGGGUUUGGAUAGGCAGGAGACUGGAAAUAUUAGUCAAUAAGAGUUUUGAAACAGAAUGGAAUAAACUGGGGAGGGGGGUCGGAAUACAGAAAAGAAAUCGUGUUACUAAAGGAAACGCAACUAAACGUCUCUUCUAAUCGAUUAUUCUGCAUUUCCAAUAAGUUCAUCUUGAACUUCUGUACACUACUGCCGCGGGUUUAUGGUGGGAUCGCUUAGGAAAAUUUUCAAAAAAUUAUAAGUGGGGGGGGGGGGGGGUUGGAAGAGGUAAUUAUUCGGUACUCUAGGGUAACUGUAAAUACACUAAGUUUUGUUGAAUCUCAAAUGUUGAUGUUUUUGUUAAUGCUAAAACUAUUUUUGUUGAAUCGCCACAUCAUAUUGUUUUGUUGCUCAUUUGGAGUUCAGUUUCGUUCAAUGUUAUCGUUUUGUGUUUGUUUCGUUUUGUUCUGUGUGUUUAUCCUACAAUGAAAGCACACCAAAAACUAUGUAACUCCUUGUAGUAAAAUCUCUUGCAAAUUAUUAUUAUCAGAAAAUAUCAGUCUUUUUAAUAGCAUAUUGUUUAAAUGUUUUUUAUUUUUGGGCGUUCUCGGAUGGAAUCUGUCCCCGGGAAACGCCGCCCAAACUGAAUGUGCUGUCAAAGAACACGUAUUACAGUUGAUGAUACACAGUUCAUACAAUAAGAAACAAUCAAUCAAUGCCCGAAGUUCCAUACAAAACUUUAACAAGUAUUGUAAGAUGUUUUCUAGUAUUUGAUGCCUUGAUGCCUAUGUCUUCAGGCUUUCCAACUUGAAUUAAUAUUCGAAGACAGCUUUUUUCUCCCUUCAAAGAAAAAUUCUAACAUCCUGAGACUGACACAUUUUCAGUUUAGUCGUGGACUCAUUUUAUUCACGUAUAAAUGGGUCUUUUCAAAGUCAUUUAUUUUAUUUUGAAAUAUCAAUAGCUAUAGUUUAUAAACUCCUUUUUAUUUGUUUUAUAAGAUGUCGAUAACUAAAAUAAAUGAAAAUUGUUGUUUCCUUUUACCGUUGAAUUACUCUUUAUCGUAUUUCCUAUCGCUCAUCAUACAAUAUUUGCACUAAAUACUGACAGCAUAUUUCUGGAAACAUCAAGCACAAGGGCGCCGGAGCCACGGGGGCAGCACGGGGGCAGUACGGGGGCAGUACGGGGGCAGCAGAGUGCCCUUUUCAAGACGUUUUAUUCAAGACGCUUUUUGAAUCGAAAAGUUUUCAUGCAGUAAUCGAAAGUAUUCGUUUUAAAUGCAACGUACCGGCUGGUUGAAACUUUGUCCCAGUGGGCCCUUUUGCUUGUCCUAGUUAGUAACUUUUGAAUCAUCACUAGUAGGAAUCCUUAUAAAAUAUGGCGUAGCAAGGCAAAAAUUUCCUAGUGUCCGCUCCAGACCACCAAUCUUUUUUUCCUAGACAGGGCCAUCACCUUCAGUCAGGCUUCGCCACUAGCUAAACGAAGAUUCCCGAUUUGUUUUAGUAGCAAACUUUGAUACCUCAAGGUGCCCUUUCUGCGGUUCCUGCCCCCCCCCCCGCAUCACGAAGCUUCCGGCGCCUCUGAUAAAGCAUGCAAAAGAAUACGACGCAUCCGAGAGGUUGUGCAAUUUGUAUCAACAAAUAAGCAAUUUGUGAAAGUACUCAGUCUUGAUAACAUUUUGCUAAAAAGCAACCGAUGUUAAAAGUAUCAAAUUGUCAAGCUGGUUUGAGAAAAAGCACCAAGAUAAAGAUGAUAUUGUUUUCAUCAAAAUAUCGUUUCCAACGCCAGGCCUAGCAAGCUCUGGUGCUCUGACAUUUCCCUCUUCAUCCUUUUCACUUUUUCGGAAUAGACAUGCAAGCGCCAAAGGAAUUGAUCGUCUCCAAACUGCGGCUUAACUUCUUACAGACUUGCAGUAGGUCUUUAUCUGCAUAUUAGGUUAUUUCUUCCACGGGUUAUGUUACCCUGCAAAUCUUUUCAUGAAAAUCCUGUGAUAGCACAGGCCAUGAUAACAGCAUUCCCCAUAGCAAAAAAUCCCCAUAGCAAAAAACCCUCUUCUUGAGAAUGAUUAUGAUGUAAAUUUGAGUUAUACAGUUAUACACAAAAAACCAAAUUUGAGUUCCACGUUAUUGACACCUUCCAGUUGGGUAAAGUUUUUGGCAAAUUCAAAACCUCAAAGGGUUGUGGUCCUGAUGGCAUUUCUAGCUGUUUCCUGAAAAUUGCACUUCCGGUUAUCUCAGAAUCUCUUUGCGAUAUUUUCAAUCUUUCAAUUGCUACUGGUUGUUUUCCUGAUAGCUGGAAAAUUGCCAGAGUAGCCCCAAUUUUUAAAAAUGGCCAACCUAACGAUCGAUCUAACUACAGAACUUUAUAUGUCCUGCCUGUUUUAGCCAGGGUAUUUGGAAAACCUAUCUUCAACCAGCUGUACGAUUACUUGGAGGAAAACAAACAUUUAUCUUCAAAACAAUCUGGCUUCAGAGCUCUUCAUUCUGUUGUCACUUGCCUUUUUAACAACACAGAUGACUGGUAUGUGAACAUGGACAAUGGCAGAUACACUGCAAAUAUUUUCAUUGAUCUCAAAAAAGCAUUUGACACUUAGACCAUGGCAUUUUACUUGCGAAGUUGAGAAAGUAUGGUGUUGAAAACCUAGAACUUACUUAGUUUACGUCAUAUCUAACCACAAGAAAGCAAUUCUGCAAAGUAAAUCGGGUAUGUUCUAAAUCCGAAGAUAUUCACUGUGGGGUCCCCCAUGGUUCAUGUGUUGGCCCUCUAUUGUUCUGAUUUAUAUCAAUGAUCUUCCGUUCUCUCUGAAAAAAGGUAGAAUAAAAGAAUGUACGGCGACGACACCAGUAUUUCUUACUCUUCUUCGAGCUUAGCAGAUAUAAAUAAAACUCUAAACAGUGAACUGAACGAUUUGAAGCAAUGAUUGCAGGAUAAUAAACUUUCUUUGAAUGUUCUAAAAAUACAAGCUCUGAAUAUAGCUCCCAGCCCAGAAAUAAGAAAACUACUGAUAAAACAGUUGAUCAUCCACAGUUUUUUAUUGGUGGCUCUCAAGUUGUAAAUGUUGACCGAACAAAGUAUCUGAGUGUGAUAAUCGAUAGAGGCUUGAAUUGGGAAGAACACGUUAACAGUCUCCGUACCAAAGUUUCUCGUGCAAUCGGAUUUUUGAAAUAUUCCAGAAAUUUUUUACCUCAAAACACGUUGAGUAAAACGUAUUAGGGUAUUAUCAAGCCACAUUUUCGGUUCGGUUCUGAUGCCAAACAGGCACCUUCUCUUGCCACCUUUAAGAGAAGAAUAAAAAACUAACUAUGAACGACCAUUCCUAUUUCGUAGUAUCUAUCUUCUUACUUAUUAAUGUUUUUGUCAUAGCCCCCUGAAAAGCAGUUCUCAUGGACUGGACUGAUGGAACCAUAUCAUAAUAGCCAAUGACUGCACAUAGUUCAUUUGUGUUUCCACUUGGCUUCACUCAUUGCAUGAACCAAAAACGCCCCCUUAUCGCCCUUUCUUCCUGCUUUAGCCCCAGUAUCAAGGUAAAUAUAAUUAAGAGUCAAUUUCAAGAAACAAACCCUUCCGGCAGAGAAAUUUUCUUCGCAAUUUAUAUUCUAAAUAAAUUGUAUUUGAUAAGCAAGAAUAAAUUUGCUAUUCACAAUUCUUAGACGCUGCAAUGUCUUUCAAAGUACCUGAUAAUUCUAUUUCUUGCUUGUAUAAAUAUAAUGCUAUCGGGGAUGAGCAAUGCUAUUUGUGAUGCCUUCGUGUUACUGAAUCUAUAAGCUGGCGCUUUGCAAGAGAUGGGAGGGUCAAAAACAUGUAUUACUCCCUCAUACUUGCAAUGCAAGUGGGUAAUGCGAAACCUUGAUAGAAAUAGUGGCCUGUCCUUAAUUAGAAUCCUAUAAAGAUUUUGAUAAUCUGAAUAC